AUGGCCGUCAACUACAACCCCGAAGACGUCCAAAAGACGAUAGACAAACAUGUCGAAGCAGGAAACCUGCACACGGGCUGGGAAGAACUUUGGGCCCAGGGCGACAGCAUCACGCUCCCCUGGGACAAGCACAAGCCCAACCCGACCCUGGAGGAAGUCCUAACAACCAAACGAGCGAUUAUAGGCGGACCUCUUGCUUACAGUACUGAGGGAGAUGGGUCAAAGACGAGGAAGAAGGCUCUCGUGCCGGGAUGCGGGAGAGGGGUUGAUGUGCUCCUCCUCGCGAGCUUCGGGUACGACGCGUACGGAUUGGAAUACAGCCAGAGUGCGAUAGAAAAUUGUCGGCAGGAGGAGCAGGCUGCUGAGCAAAAGUAUCCUGUGAGAGAUGCAGAGAUUGGCAAAGGGACGGUCAGCUGGGUUCAGGGGGACUUUUUUGAAGAGGGAUGGCUGGAGGGGCUUGGGUUGAGUAGAAAUAGUUUCGAUUUUAUAUAUGAUUAUACGUUCUUUUGCGCAUUACCUCCCUCACUGCGCCCGGCUUGGGCUCUACGGCACACACAGCUCCUGGCCCCUUCGCCGCAGGGCAACCUGGUCUGUCUCGAGUUUCCGCGGCACAAGGAUCCCCUACAGCACGGCCCCCCAUACAGCAGCCCAUCUGAGGCCUAUAUGGAGCAUCUGAGCCAUCCUGGUGAGGAGCUUGCCUACGACGCGAAAGGGCGUAUCAAGAGCGAUCCUCUCCGCGAGACUAGUCCUUUCGGUCUAGAACGCGUGGCCUACUGGCAGCCGGCCAAAACGCAUGAUUUCGGUACGAGCGAGGAAGGAGAGGUAUUCGACCGGGUUUCAAUCUGGAGACGUCGAUAG